AUGUCACCCAAAGUCUUCUUCGUCACCGGCACAUCCACCGGUUUCGGUGCCGAAUACAUCAAAAAGAUCAUCUCGGAGGGCGAUCACGCAAUCGCUACCGCUCGUAACUCGUCCAAGCUUGAGAAGCCCGAGGGUGCUACAGAAGACAAUUACCUCGCUGUAGAUCUGGAUGUCACAAAGAAAGAAUCCAUCGAUGCCGCGUUCAAAAAGGCCAUUGACAAGUUUGGACGCUUGGAUGUUGUCGUCAACAACGCUGGAUACGGUCUCGCCGGUGAAUUCGAGAGCCUCAGCGAAGACCAAAUCCGCAAACAAAUGGAGGUAAACUUCUUCGGUCUGCUGGACGUGACCCGCAAAGCCCUCGAAUCCAUGCGCGCUCAAUCCCCCAUCGGCGGCGUGAUUCAACAGGUAACCUCCAUUGGUGGCCAGCGCGGUGUACCUCUCUUUUCCAUCUACUGCGCUUCCAAGUGGGCCGUCGAGGGUUACACGGAGGCUCUAUCCAAAGAACUAAAGCCAGAGUGGAACAUCCACCUCACUUGCAUCGAGCCCGGCGGUUUCCGCACCGACUGGGCAGGCAGAAGCAUGGAGUUUGGUGCAAACAAGAAUGAUGCAUACGAUCAUUUGGAUGCAGAGAGCGCUAUGAAGAAGAGGAAUGGCACUCAAGCCGGCGAUCCACCAAAAGGUGCGGCUUGCAUGUAUACUCUGGCAACCAUGGAGAAUCCCCCACUCAGAUGCGUAAUCGGAACCGAUGCGUACGCAGGCAUCAACGAGAAGUUGGACCAGUACAGGGAGAACGUCAAGAAAUUUGAGAAGUUGAGUACCAGUACUGAUGUGGAUGGUUACAAGGCUCCUUCUUGA